AUGGGGUGGGUGCCGUCGCUCACGCUGCGGUGCUCGUCCUUCGCGCACCCCGCGCAGCGCCACCACCGCGACCUCGCCGAAUUCCCCCUCCGCUGCGCGCUCGAGCUGCUGCUGCCCCUCCCCGCGCCUGCCGAGCCUGCCGCGCAGGUACGGCGGCGAAGCAGCUUGCAGCGUCUGCCGUCGCCCCUCGCUCAUCUUUCUGUUUCUCCCCGCAAGGCAAUGGCGCGGGAUGGAGCAGCGGUGGCGGCCCUGGCUGCCACGGUGGACACAAUCACAUCGCCGGCUGAAUUCGCCCUGCUGAGUCUCAAUGCAGCGGCCUCUGCCCUUCCCAAUGCAGACGUCAUCAGCAUCACCCCCUCUGGCCAUCUGCGCAUGGCAGUGGGCAGGGACACCUUUCAGCGCCUGGGGCUGCCAGGCAAGGCGUCAGCAGCAGUACCGGGCGAGCAGUACUUGAUCUGUGUGGACCUGUGUGCGCCGUCCUUCAAGCCCGGCAAGAAGCUGCACGACAAGGUCCUGGAGCGAGUGAGUGAGCUCAUCCCCGCAUCACUGGACUACCUCUGCCUCUUCACACGCAAUGGUGUGCCCCAGCCUAUUGACUUCCCUCAGCCAAUCACAGCCCGACACGUGCCCUUCUCCGCCAUCCACCGAGCCCUCUCCCCUGCCUGUCUGUCGAAUGCUGACAAGCUCUUCGAGACUGCCACGUCAGCAAGUGGUUUGAGAGGGGCGGCGAAUGAGGGAGGAGAGAUGGAAACAAGGGAAGGAGGAGGAGGGGGAGGGGAAGGGGAGGAUAUGGAGUGGAGUGGUGGUGAAACGAUCUCUCCACGCCAUUCUGAUGCCAAGGGAGCAGGGGUUGGGGAAGGAAAGGCAAGAGCGGGUGGAGUGGAUGAAGGGGUUGGGGAGGGGAGAGCGGGCAGCGCAGGCAUGGGGGCAGCAGCGGACAUGCAUGAAUGGAUCGGAGCAGCUUCUUGUGGCAUGACACGACACAUGAACGAGUGUGCUCGCAGGCUGAACACCACUCUGGAUAACAUGUCCUCGCAUGCCACAUCAGCCACCCCUCCCAUGACAUCAGCAGCCUCACCGAUGACAUCAGCAGCCACUGGUUCGGUUCACUCCCUGCGAGUGUGUGGGCCAAUCAACAGCUCACAGGUCCUAGCACUCAUUGAUGCUGUCAGGUACCCCCCCUCCCUCUAUCCACUCUACCUUCAUUUGCUCUCCCAUUUAUCCUCCCACUGUCACUCUCCCUCUCAGCCUUGUUGUUGUCUCCCCUCCCUAUCUUCCACGUUCUUCCAUUCUUUCGCCCAUUGUCUCCCUCAUUACUCUUGUUCUUCCCCCCCUACUACCAUGCCACCCCAUUGCCAAACCCACCCAUUGCCUUACCAAACCCCUGCUAAUUCCCAUGCGGCAAGCAUGCAGGGCCACUCUGAAGCACCACAGCGCCUCCUCCCCCAGCGUGCCAUGGGCCGUCGUCAACUGCUGGAGCUUCGCCUCCUCUCCCGUACGUACGUGUUGCCCCUGCCCCCACUCCGUAUCCCUCCCCGUUCACCUCCUCCCCUGCUCGUCCCAUCAUCCCCCUCCGCCAAUCUCCUCCCUGCCCUACUCUCCCCCUACCCUUCAUCUCCCCCCUCCUUCAGUCUCUCUCCUCCUCCCAUCUCUUCCCUUCCCCCAUCUCCCCCCUGCGUGCAGGGUGAGAAGCGGGAUGCGCGGCGGCGGGAGUCGUGCGAGGCGGGAGAGACACAGGCGUUCGUGCUGCUGCCUGGUGACCGCUACCUGCUCUUCUCGUGCGUGCACCAGGGGAGGGGGUGCAUGAGGGUGGCAUGGGGUUGCGUGGAGACUGCAUGGGGCCACCACGGGGCGGCAUGGGGGCAGCAUGGGGGCAGCAUGGGGGCAGCAUGGGGGCGGCAUGGGGGCAGCAUGGGGGCAGCAUGGGGGCAGAAUGGGGGCAGCAUGGGGGCAGCACGGGGGCAGCACGGGGGCGGCACGGGGGCGGCAUGGGGGCCGCAUGGGGGCCGGCACGGGGCCGGCACGGGGGCGGCACGGGGGCGGCACGGGGGCGGCACGGGGGCGGCACGGGGGCAGCACGGGGGCAGCACGGGGGCGGCACGGGGGCAGCACGGGGGCAGCAUGGGGGCAGCACGGGGGCAGCAUGGGGGCAGCACAAUGCAUUGGUGA